UAUAUAAAUAUACAGUUACUGUGGUUACUUAUUUGACACGCGAACAGUUUUGAACAGUAACAUUAACAUUUACAUAUUUAUUAGAUAGCUGUCUUAUUGACCGUCUCUUUUCUUGUUGAUAUUAUUCAGUAAAUAAGUUUCAGUCAUUUCAGGUCUAAUUUAGUUUGGGCUAAAACUGAGUUCUAACCUAGUACUGCACAGACUCCCAAGUUCAGUUCGCCAGCUCUGAAGCAUCUCAACGUAGUACGUAAUAGACAAUAGGGAAAACAGAAUUCAGAGUUUGCCGUAAAUGGAAAAAAGGCUGUUGUUAUUGCUUUGAUACGUGCUGUAGCGGUGCCUUUUAUUCUCAUGUAAAUGAGGAUUUAUUAGAGUUAAGCCAACGGGAGUUAAGCGGACUUUAUCGCCUCGCUGGUCAACAAUAAAAACAAGAACAUCCAAGUGGAACAAAUGAAGAGGAAAUAUGUUAAGGCUGAAGUGACUAAGCAGAAACGUAAAGUAACGAGCUGCACGAAAGAGUUUGAAAAGUUUCGCGAGAUACUUCACGAAAGCUUUCAAAGAUGUCGCUGAAUUUCGUGCUGUUCCUAACAAUUUCGUUUCGGGUCGUCGCUAUCUCUCUGUCUUGUCAACCGCCGCAGAACUGUGAGAAUACAACAAGCAGUAACAGUACUCCAGUUGUGAACUGUGGUAUGUCGAACGUUUCUUGUGGUUCGGGAAAGGUUUGUCGAGGUGGUGCUUGCAUUGACGCGGAAUCAGACACACCGGACGAAGGCGACGACCAGUUUCCGUCGAUGGGGUUGCCAUACAAAACAGAGAGCGYAACUUUGACWACUUUAAGCCCUACAACAGCAAACAAGCACGAGAAAGGGACCGAAUCUUCUCACAGUUUGAUUUCGGGUAAUGAGGAAUUCGCAAUCGCACUUGUAGGCUUUUCAAUACUCUUCAUUAACUUCUGCUUGAUUUCGUUCUGCAUGGCGCGAAUGAAACGAAGAAGACUUCAGCAGCAGCAGCGCAACCAGCGCUCGGCAGCAACACAAAGCUCACAAACCGGAGACGAUUGGAAUGCCAGUAACAUCAUCAGGAGCAGGGGAAUUGAGAAUUUUGCACUGAACGGAGACCUCGACGGGUUCGGCAGUGAGUUUAUGUAUUCACCCGUGCAUCUGCCGCCAUAUGACUUCUCCUCAGCUUACCACAAGCCCCGGCCUAGACUGGAAGACUCAGAAGAGGACGGAGUAGAGGGAGAGAGUAGCGAGAGUAGCGAGGCUGCUAUCGAUACUCAGAGUAUACCGGUGAAUGAAGACCCCCCUCCAUACAGCGACCAAAGGUAUGAAGGCUUGCGGAGCCCACCAAGCUAUGACGAGGCAUUGAAGGGACUAGCGAUAAAUGUGGAGGAAUGUACGUCUGGAUUAUGAUGUUCACAACAGUCAACUGUCAGUUAUUUGGAUGAGCAGCUACGAAAGUCAAGUAAAAAAGAAAAGGAGCGAUGGAGACUUCGUGUUCCAGUGCACGUGCUGUCAAAUACAACAGCUGAACUGACAGAUGACCAACUACCAUCGAGGAUAAAGAACUAUAUCCAAUUAAAAUUCUUUCCCGGUCCAUUAUUGAGUCAAUAAGACUCCUAGAGUACAUAUAUUUGCUUUCAAUUGAGAACGUGGAUAAACCCCUUAAAUCGCUUGCUUCGAACUAGUUUAGAGCUUUUUUUCUAGAAAGAUGUUAAUUUAAAUUAUAUUAUGUGUCAAGAGGACAGCUAUGCUGUUGAAAUGAAAGGUGUACAUAGGGCUGGAUGCAUCACAUUUCAAUCAAACGUGAGCACCUAUGUGUUUCUGAGGUCCUACUGAAUAAGAUUCGGUCGCUAGUCUUCACAAGAAAGUUAUGUCACUGCCUACUGUUCUAGAUUCAGUUUUGUGAUAUGAUAGUUUUGACAGUGAGAAACAAACUAAAUGACUUUAUUUGGAGUACCACGAGAUUCUUAGGCAAAGUACAAAUUCAUUUUUUUUUAAUCGACGUUGUCCUCGACGUCGCCGUCGUGGUUACUUAAGAUCAUUUCCCGGUUACGUAUCUGCCUCCUGUUCGAAGGGCAAUGACUUCCAUCAUGGCAGUCGGCCUCAGCCAGGAAAUCAGUUUUGCGUUUUCCUAGCACGGCCGAUAGAGAAAUAAUACGAUAUGAUUGAUCAGUGCUAGACUUCUGACAUGUGUUUCUAACGGUCAUAAAUGGGACCGUUUGUUCAUGUGAUAGUAAAUGUUUAUAAUUUUCGGCAAAAAUUCGGUCGCUAGUCUUCAUUAACAGUUACGUAAUACACUACGCGUAGUCGAUGUUUCUUUACGAUCACGCUCGACGGACUUAGCGGAAGAGGGACUACUCGUGGUCUAGUUACGUAACUGCCAAAUGUUCGAAGAGCAAUGACUUCAAUCACAGCGGACUCGGCGACGAAAUCAUUUUUACCUUUUCCUAGUGAGCCGACAAAGAAAUAAUAUGAUUGAUCAGUCCUAGANUUCUCUCUU